UGACGCUGCGGACAAUCCGUAUCUUCCUCCCUUUCUAGAACAGAAUAUCCCUCAGUCUCGCUCUGACUCCUCCAUCUCCUCGCUCUCCAGCUCACGAGCGUCUUCAUCUUCGCCAGUAUCGACGACCAUGUCUGACGCUAAUCCGGCCGCCUUUCUCGCUGCCAAUUUCGAUAGAAACGGCACAGUUGAAUCAAUCUCUGACUCUACACAUUCUUUUGCCGAAGGGGACAGCCCUAGCGUGCCUUCACCACCCCCUGCCGACGUCCAGAGCGUCGAUGGCGACCAACCCGUCGUCACCGACGCCAUCUCUCAAAGUCCAUCUCCCGACAUCGACCCGCAAAUCCUCGAGGCGCUUCGGAGUAAAGACAGAAUAUAUGUUUUGAAGCUUGGGGAGCUCAUGGAGGGGCUCAUUACUGAGCGAAGGGCCCGCAUCGAUGUCUUCCCCGGCACAUCCUACCAACGAUUGCUCGUCCACCGAUGCUCCGCUUAUUAUAAGCUUGUCCCAGAAAACGAUCCAGCGACCAAAGGUCUUUCCGUUUCAGCCACACCCGAAAGUCGCAUCCCUCCGCGGAGACUGGCAGAUCUUGUGCCUCCCGAGUCAACCGCUUCUCCUGCCUUUCAAAUCAUGCGGCGGAAUCAGCAAGACCGCCGACAAAAGCCUCAUUCGCAGGCUGGAUCUGUUAAUGGCGAAGAUGCCGAUCUAUCUGAUGCAGAGCCUUCUGAGGCAGGCAGCCUUGGUGGCCGCAGCAAUGCGACUGGCGGCAGCGGCAAGAAGCGAAUGACCAUUGAGGAACGAGAGGCAGCCUACAAUGAGGCUAGAUCGCGUAUAUUUAUGGACUUUGAAGAGAAGGAAAAGGACACGAGUGCAAGUUCGUCUUCGCUCAGUGUCGUCUCUGGUUCUACUUCAACGAGUGGGGGCAGUGUUGCCGACUUUGAAGAUUCAGCCAGUUCUCUUGCUACCGAGAGUGAAUGGUCUGCGCCUUCUAUUAGUCGUGACAAGAAGCGGGCGGGUAACUCAAACCGUUCCUUGAGAGGUUCUGCGACACCCUUCAGUUCGAAUGGAGCUGGUAGUUCCCGGAACUCUCGUGCAUCGUCACCUUCUUCUUUUACGUACGCAAGUCUCUAUGAGCCUGCUGCUCCUGGUCCACCCUACGACGGCUCACAACAUCCUGUCCCGGUGUCUACGCCUGGGUAUCAAGCGACACAAUACUUCUACCCAUAUGCUCCUCCUGGGCAACCUCCAAAUCCUGCUUACGUCGCCACCCCGUAUUCUUAUUUCAACCCCUUCCCAUAUGGACCUCCCGUCCAGCAAAACCCAUCCGACCCUUCGUCAGGAUCCCACAACGAAGUCUAUUCUCCUACACCGCACGUGCCAUAUCCCAAUCAGUAUGUAUGGGCUCAUCCACAUCCUCCGCCUGGUCCUGUACCUCUACCAGUGCCUCAGGGAUCACCACCUGCGGAGGGUCCUGUCAUGGUAAACGGUCCUCAUCAGAAUUCUCAAGCCCCAAACUCUUCUUCGUUCCAAGGAUACAGUCCCCCGGUCUAUAUGUAUCCUAUGCCUGGUUAUUAUACACCCCAACCGGGACAACACAUGCCAAUAACCGCUCCUCCACCCCCCAUGAUAGGACAAGUGUAUGAUCCUAGAGUGUCUGCUGAAGGCCCAUUUGGUGACCCUGACAUGAAUCGGCAUCCAAACCAUAAUGGCCGAAGCGGGUAUAGUAAUGGACUUCGUUCCAACCGUAACGACAAUGGCCAUUUCAACGGCAGUGGUAGAGGCAGGAUUCCCCCCCAGCCUCGGCAUGCGUGGAGUUUUGGCCCAGGCAUCGGUGGAUAUAACGGAAAUGUUUCUGCAGGAUCAAAUGAAAUUGGACCUCGAUUCAAUAGUACUAGAAGGCAAUCCAACCAUAGCAAUGGGAGCUCAGGCAACUAUAGAUCGUCGAAUUGGGAUGAAGUUUCGUCUACGGCGUCGUCAUCUACGACGUCCUCGUCGUCCCGGAGAACAUACACAUCAACGUCAUCGCAACAGCAACACCCUCUUCCAGCUCGACCUGACUGGGCAGUAGGUCUGAAACCCGAUCCUACACUGCACGCUACUCAUAAUCGCCAUCAUGAUCACCCAUCUAACAACUCCCGCAAUAUGUCCCCAAUCUCGCCUCCUCGCAACCUGAACGGCAGUUCUCAUCAGGUUAUGUCUCCCCGACGGCCACCAAACAACCAUCAGUCCGCGCCGUUCCAUUCGAACGACUUCCCUCCCCUUUCAUCGUUGUCGCCAACGGAAAAGCGCCCACCCGUGGUUGCUGGGGCUUGGACUAACUCAUCUUCGACUCGAUCCCUCCUCAUAAACCCUGGACAAGGUAAUGCGCUAGUUCAUCAUCCCAAUAACGGCAACUCUCCCGUUGCGCAGCAGUCCCGGUUGGAAGAAUCGGACCGUAUGUUCGAGCGGCCGCCGCCAAGGGCCACCGAACUCUAUAAUCCCAAAGUUGUCAGACGUCCUACGAUGUCUCAUACUAAUGGGAGGCAAGAGAAGGAAACCGACGGCAGACGUCGGGAACCUAUACCUGGUUCGAACAUCGCUGAACAGGUUCGGACCUUGACCUUGGAGGAUUGCAACCUCGACGGUUCUGGACAAUCAAGUAAAGAAUCUUCGGCGUUGGCUAUGCCGACUUAAAAGUUGUACCUCUUUUUUUCUUUGGUCUGAAUCAGCGGUGCUACAGUAGUGUUGAGUGUUUUUGCUAUCGAGUUUUCUCAUUAUCAUAUGUUUCUUGUAGGGGAGAUGAGUGUGCGAUAUUACUUACAAUAGAGAGGUUUGAAUGUGUAUCUUUGUUAUCGUGAGUCUUAAGAUCCGCGUCUGGAACAAGAAGAACGAAG